AUGACGAAGGUGUCAAAGUUCGUGCGCAAACUCUUUCGUAAAGACGACGAAGGACUGCAACUUCGACUACGAAAAUCCGUGACCUUACGCAAAUGUCGACAAGUGGCGGCGCUGCUGGAGGCAGGUGCGUCGCCGGUUUGGAUAGCGGACGAGCCACACAUUAGUCGAAGAUCUCGGCGGCGGGACUGGGCUCCAUCUCAACUCAAUGCACUGUUGCUUGCCUGUCGCUACGGUGACGUAGAAAUACUCACCCUUUUGCUGAACGCAUUGUCCGAAGAGCCCCAAGUGGUCGCACACUUUAGUCGCGCAAUGUACUGCCUUGUUAUACGUCAUGACCACUGGAGAGCUUUUCAGCUACUCCAACAACGUCGAAUGCCUCUGGGCUCGGUGUCUUCUAGAUCGUCAACCGAUUCGACUGGUUCUGAAAAAUCUAUAGCGUCCACUCAGCCUCUGUUUGCUGCUGCGAUGGAGCAUUUCAGUUCCAAGUUGCCGAUGCCCAUUUUCGUGGCUGCAGAGCACGGUCGUCAUCAGAUCCUUAGUUGCCUGCUGGACCACUAUCCGCAUAACUGGGCCCACUACACGUUUGAAGGACAGUCGCUGCUGUCGGUGGCAACCAUCAAUGGGCAUUUUGAGUGCGUCAAAGUACUGUUGGAGCGAGACGUGGUUACUAGCAAAGGGGUAGACGCUGCUGUCGCUACAGCUCGUCGCCAUCGCCAAGCUCACGUCUUGGUACUGCUGACAAGUUAUCUUCCGGAGUUUGAGUUCGACCCGGAGCCUGUUUACAAAUAUGAGGGAGAAUCACUACCAAGCAACGAUAUUAACGAUAUGUUGUGCCAAAAGUUACAGUGGUCCAGUCAAACCACACGAGUUCGAGACCGUGGCUCGAUUGCAGAGACCGUGGCAAGUGAAUGUGAUGAUGAAAACAGACGCAGCAGUCUCCUGAGUAUUGGCUCGCCUAUCAACUACAACGAGGACAUGAAUCGAGCAGAAGAAAUGCGCAUUCGAGCUGAGAUGGAGCGCGAGCAGCGUCAGAUUGGUAUGAUGUGGUUCCUGGAUGGUCGUGAGCCGCCUACAUCUGCGCGUGAUAUUGCGCCUAACUCCAACAACAGCUACUUGAAUUCAAACCAGGAAAAUGACGCAUGGUAUGCAGUCAAGUCAGGUGAUAAGAACCGACAGCAACAAGAUGAUCUACUGGCAAGUGACGAAGAAGAAUUGAAGCACUCCUACGAUUUAAUGUUUUCAGUAUACGAAACUGAAGAAAACAGUAAAUUCGAGGAACUACCUUUAAUAUUCGAAGAAACCCACAAGCCUAUUGCAGCACCUCGGUCGUCAUCGAUAAUUAGAUCUAGCAGGUCCUAUAAGCUAAUAAGUGUCCGUAGCCGCGGGUUCCAACAUAAAGUGUUAACAGCUAUCGAAGAACAUCCUGCGGGAGAGACAGAAGCAUAG